UAGCGUAAAUAAACUAGAUAUAAAGGCAGGCGGAGUGUUUGGUAGGAAAGGAAGGAAAGAGGCGCCUAUGUCCGCGAUGUUGAGGUGGAAAUCCAAGCUUCUAAACAUACUCCUACUACUACCAUCUACAGCAAUUUUAUCAUCAAGAAAGCAGCUCCUUGGUCAAUCAAGGUAUGGAUGUUUAGGGUUUGAACAAAAUCGUCGGCAGAAGUGGGAAGGUAGUUCCGACAAGUACGAUCAUAUCAAAGCCCAAGUGAAGUGCCCUAGAUGCACCCACCUGAUGACCCUACUCUUUUCGAACCGGCCGCUAUCAGUGACCAACGAUGUUGGUGUUUAUCAGGCCCUUAACAUGUGCCCCAGCUGCCGAACAGCUUAUUAUUUUAGGCCUUUUAAGUUGGAGCCUCUGCUUCAGGGCAGCUUUGUUGAGAUUGGGCGGGUUAGACCUAGUGAUGAAAACACCAAUGUCAAAAUGUGGGAGAAGUUAAGGUCUUAUGGCGCUGCUGCUGGGGAUAAUAAGCCGUGGGGUGGGGGCGGUGGAUCCAAGCUGCCCACUCCCAAGGAGAUAUGCAAAGCCCUUGAUGACUUUGUAACUGGCCAACAACAAGCCAAAAAGGUGCUUUCUGUUGCUGUUUACAACCAUUACAAGAGAAUUUAUCAUGCUUCUAUGCAUACAAAUUCUAUGUCAUUGACAAGUGCUUCGGAUAGCUCAUCAGAAAGAAGUGAAAACCAAGAUGUUGAUCGUGUUGAGUUAGAGAAGAGCAAUGUUCUAUUAAUGGGUCCAUCUGGCUCAGGGAAAACACUACUUGCGAAAACCUUAGCUCGUGUUGUCAAUGUGCCUUUCGUCAUUGCUGAUGCUACUACAUUGACGCAGGCAGGCUAUGUUGGGGAAGAUGUUGAAUCCAUACUGUAUAAGCUCCUUGUGGCUGCUGACUUCAAUGUUGAAGCAGCUCAGCAAGGAAUUGUGUACAUAGAUGAAGUUGAUAAGAUCACUAGAAAGGCUGAAAGCUUAAAUAGUGGCAGGGAUGUAUCUGGAGAGGGGGUUCAACAAGCAUUGCUUAAAAUGCUUGAAGGAACUAUUGUAAAUGUUCCUGACAGACGAGCUCGAAAGCAACCUCAUGCUGAUGGCAUCCAGAUAGAUACAAAAGAUAUCCUUUUCAUAUGUGGCGGGGCAUUUAUCGAUCUGGAGAAAACCAUUUCUGAGAGGCGACAAGAUUCAUCUAUUGGUUUCGGGGCACCGGUGAGGGCUAAUAUGAGAGGUGCAGGUGGUGGACUAACUAAUGGUGUGGUUACAUCUUCAUUGUUCGAAUCUGUAGACAGUGGUGACCUUGUUGCAUAUGGGUUAAUUCCCGAGUUUAUUGGUCGAUUUCCUAUUCUAGUGAGUUCAUCUGCUCUAGAUGAGGACCAACUUGUUCAGGUUCUAACAGAGCCGAAGAAUGCUCUUGGGAAGCAGUACAAACGAAUGUUUGCCAUGAACAAUGUAAAGUUACAUUUUACUACUAGUGCACUAAGAUUGAUUGCAAAGAGAGCAAUUGCCAAGAACACAGGUGCACGAGGUCUACGAGCCAUAUUAGAAAGUGUUCUCGUGGAUUCUAUGUUUGAGGUUCCAAAUCGUUCAAAGGAAGGAAUUGAUGCAGUGGUGGUUGAUGAAGAGGCCAUAGGAUCAGCAGACAAGCCAGGACUUGGUGCAAAGAUUCUUUAUGGAAAUGAUGCAUUAAAAAGAUACCUAUAUCCAUCGGAAGCAACACAAAUGAACAAGGGUGCUGUGGAAGGAGAUUCGGCAAGAAUUGUCAGUCUAUAAAAGCAUCAGUUUCUGUACAUUUUGAAAUGAUUAUCAUCGCAAACUGUUUGUUACUCACCAAUGUUUUUAGAACCGGACCGGACAAUGAACCGGUCACUUUACUGCUUCACUGGUCGAACCGGUCCGAUUGGUUGGACCGGAUUUGAGAACCGGCCUAUGUCAUAUUUGAUUUAAAUAUAUAAAAUUACUAGGUUAAAAAAAA